AUGACGGACAUCAAUCCAUUGGCGAUAGAAUGGGAGGAACAAGGUCUGUCCCUUCGUGAUUACCAGAAAGAAGGUGUAAGUGCAAUGGAUUCGUGGUAUCAUGCUGGUCAUGGUGGUAUCAACGGCGAUGAAAUGGGUCUCGGAAAAACCUGCCAGGCUAUUGUUCAAAUGCUCCGCUUCAAACGAGAUGGGAAAGGACCGUUUCUUGUCGUAUGUCCGCUUUCCGUGUGUGAUCAUUGGAUUUCAGAAGUUACCAGGUUUUCAUGUGGUACGCUCAAUCCUGUCGGUUAUCUUGGCCAUGAAAGUGCUCGGGUAGAUUUGCUCAAGGAACUGAAGACUCUCAAACGAAAUACGGUCUUCAUCACGCCAUAUCAUAAGGGCUUGCAAGUGAAGUCUAAGCUCAGGUUUGAAGUCGUAAUCGUAGACGAAGCUCACGCUAUCAAGAAUUCGGAGAGUCAACUCGCAGAGAGUUUAAAACCCUACCGGUCUGACGCAUGGUUCCUGCUUAUGACUGGUACCCCUAUACAAAACCAUUUGGGUGAACUGUACUCCCUGCUCACUUUCGUGGAUCCUGCUAUUGUUCAAAUGCUCCGCCUCAAACGAGAUGGGAAAGGACCGUUUCUUGUCGUAUGUCCGCUUUCCGUGUGUGAUCAUUGGAUUUCAGAAGUUACCAGGUUUUCAUGUGGUACGCUCAAUCCUGUCGGUUAUCUUGGCCAUGAAAGUGCUCGGGUAGAUUUGCUCAAGGAACUGAAGACUCUCAAACGAAAUACGGUCUUCAUCACGCCAUAUCAU